GGGUAGGCUAAAAGCUCACGCUGCAGCGACGUUGAUCUUCGUAUACCAUGCACGCUGCUGGUCGGUUCUGCCCUGGACGCGAGUUCCAGUUCCGCCAAUGAGACGACAUGCACCCGCAUGGCCGCGCCGUGAAAUCUUCUUCACGGGCCCAGUCCGCUUCACGUGUAUCUCCAAUGCCGAUCAGAUGCAACGAUAUGUACCUGACGGGCUGCUGCCGGGAUGCCCGGAAAGAGUAGUGCCGGCCAGAGUGUCGACGGUGUUCAAGUAUCCCCAGCUCCUUCAGCGAUUGAAUAGAAAGGUAAGCUGUCAAAACGUCGGCCGUGAGAAAAGACAACCGUACACACCAUGACGUGGACACACACCUUCGAUUCCUCGCCCGAGGCCGAGCUCAAGGACGUUCUACGGCCGGACUUCCACUGGGGCUUUGCAACCGCCGCCGCCCAGGUCGAAGGCGCCUGGAACAAAGACGGCAAAGGCGAGUCGAUAUGGGACAAGUUCUGCCACACGCCGGGCAAGGUGAAAGACGGCAGCACCAACGAAGACGCCACGCGCGCAUACGACCUCUACAAGGAAGACGUCGCGCUCAUGAAGAGCUUCGGCGUGACCGCAUACCGCUUCUCGCUGUCCUGGUCGCGCAUCAUCCCGCUCGGCGGCGCCGACGACCCCGUCAACGAGACCGGAAUCGCCUUCUACAACAACCUCAUCGACGAGCUGCUCGCAAACGGCAUCACCCCCUUCGUCACCCUCUUCCACUGGGACACCCCGCAGGCCCUCGAGGACCGCUACGGCGGCAUGCUGAACCAGGACAAAUACACCCCCGACUUCGUCCGCUACGCCCGCCUCUGCUUCGCCCGCUUCGGCGACCGCGUCAAGCACUGGAUCACCUACAACGAGCCCGGCGUGUACACGCUCGCCGGGUACGCCGCGGGCGUCCACGCGCCCGCGCGCAGCUCGUUCCGCGAGCUAAAUGCAGAGGGGGACAGCAGCACCGAGCCCUUCACCGUCGCGCACACGCAGCUCGUCAGCCACGCGCACGCCGUCAAACUCUACCGCGCGGAGUUCAAACCCCAGCAGCAAGGCGUGAUCGGCAUCACCCUGCACGGCAACUACUCUUUGCCAUGGGACGCCUCGGACCCGGCCGACGUCGCCGCAGCCCAGCGCGCCCUCGAAUUCGAAAUCGCCUGGUUCGCAGACCCGAUCUACGGCCCGGGCGACUAUCCCGCCUCCAUGCGCGCGCAACUCGGGUCCCGCCUGCCCUCCUUCACGCCCGAAGAAAAAGCCUUGGUCCAGGGCUCCUCGGAUUUCUACGGCAUGAACACGUACACCACGUUCUUCACCCGGCACCGCGACACACCCCCAGAGCUGACAGACCACCUGGGCAACAUCGACAAGCUCGACACGGACGCCGCCGGGGUGUCGCGCGGCGCGGAGAGCGAUACCGCGUGGCUCCGCGCAGCACCCACGGGCUUCGGCGCACUGCUGCGCUGGGUCUGGGAUCGGUAUCACGUCCCGAUCUACAUGACCGAGAACGGCACCACCGCGCAGGGCGAGCACGUAUCCUCCCCCCCCUCCCAAGACGUCCUGGACGACACAUUUCGCGUGGACUUCUUCAGGGGCUAUGUGGGCGAGCUAGCAGCGGCUGUCAGGGAUGGCGUGGACAUAAGGAGCUAUUUCGCCUGGACGUUUACGGAUAACUGGGAGUGGGCGGCGGGCUACGGGGAUCGGUUUGGGUGCGUGUGGGUGGAUCUUGAGAGUGCGGAGAAGACGCGGUUUGCAAAGCGGAGUGCGUGGUUCUUGAGGGACUACUUUGGGCAUUUGAUUCAGGGGAGGGAGGGGAGGGGGGGUAGUGGUAAGGGAGAACUUCGGGGGUGA